AUGUCUUGUUCAAAUAUUCUAAUAUCAAAUCUACUGCCACCACAGUCAAAUUCUAGCCCGAUAUCAUUUUCAAUCAAAUUAACUAAUGAUCUCAUACAUUUAUUGAAAUCUAAUGGCUCUAACAACAAAAUUAAAUUAAUUGUCAAGAAUGGUAACGUAUCUAUCAAGUUAUCUGAGGAGCUAGUAUUACCUUGUUUGCCAUUACCCGAAAAUUUACCCGUUGAUAUAUAUUCUAUAUCUAAUAAGAGCACAUCCACAAAAUUGGUUUCUCAAUAUGAUGGUAGAAUAAUUAAUAAAUUAACUGUGGUUACCGAUUCUAAGAAAAUCAAAGAAAUUAAUGCUGCAAAUGCUUUAAGUUCGAAUCAUAAUAACAAACUAGGAUCAUAUAUUAAUGGGAACACUAAUAGUAAUAAUAAUAAUAAUAAUACCAACAAUAGGCUAACACCGUCGUUACUGGUUCCUAGUUCACCAGUUAGUCGAAGAUCAGCUUAUUCCACUUAUUCAAAUACCACAAAAAAUCCUUACAAAAUAUCCCUAUCAAGUGAUAAUCAAGCAAGUAUCAUUAAAAAAUUUAUACAUUUAUUAGCAUUGGGUCCAAUCACAUAUAAUCAUAUUGUUGACUUAUUGGAUUAUACAAAAAUAGAUCAUUUGUUGGACGAUUAUGGUCAAGUUUAUAAUGAUCAGGAUCAAUUUAUUCAAGAAGAUCGAUUUCCUUAUAUUGACUCUAAUAAUAAUAGUAAUGAUGAUUCUGAUGAUGACAUGGAUGAAGAAGUACAACGAUUUAUUUUGAAGGAUAAAAGUUAUAAAGAAUUAACUCCUUGGAAAUGGAAUUAUACAAAUUAUGAAAGAAAUUCUAUUUUAAAUAAUGUCAAUAAUGCAUUAACAAGAAUUGGAUUUUCACAGAGUCAUCCUUUAAGAAGAAAAAUUGUUGAACCUCCAAAUGAGGAUGAUAAUCGAUCUGAAACCAAAAAACCAAAUGGAUCCUCAUUAGGUGGUGGGUUUUUGAUAUCUUCUUCUUCUGUUUCAUCAAAUAAUAAAAAGAGAUCAACUCCUACUCCAGUUCCAUCAAAGGCCAAUACUCCAGUGAAUACUACAUCCAAGGUUAAUACUCCAGUUAAUACUACAUCCAAGAUCAAUACCCCGGUAGUUUCUUCAUCAAAAGUCAAUACUCCAGUGGUUGCACCACCUAAAGCUACAACACCGGUGGUUGCGUCGUCAAAGGCUAGUACGCCAGUGAAUAUUCCUCCUAGAAAUACUAAUUCCAACUCCAUACCAAGUCCACCAGUUAAAGUUAAAGUUAACAAUAAGAGAAAAUUCUCAAGUUCAAGUUCAUCUUCAGAAGAUGACGAUUCAAAAAAGUUAAAUUAUACUUCACCUCCGUCAUCAGAAGAAGAAUCAACAAGUAACAAUAAUAAUGCAAGUGGACAUAAUGGAGUUAAUAGUCAAAAAUCAAAAUUAGAUUAUUAUACUAAUUUGGCCAUUAAAUUUAAAAACAAGUAUAAAGAAUAUUCAGAAUUAUAUAAUGCAUUGUUGAAUAAGAAUGAAAUUAAAUCUAUUGAUUAUAAAGAUAAUUUGAUGAAGUUAUUUAAAUUACAUCAAAACUUAACUCAAUGGAAGAAGUUAUUAUGGGAUUUUGAUAAAGAGUCUAAAUUGAAAAAUAGUUUAAGUGAUAUCCAUAUUGAAAGAAAUACUACUCCAAUUACGUCAUCAUCUGGUUCAUCAUCAACAUCAAUUUUUAAAGCAUCAUCACCAUCCAGUACAGUUCUUGACGCACAUCCACCAGGAAUUAAAACUGCAACACCAUUCAAGAGAAGAAAAGUUAUGGAUUAUUAA